GCGGGACUCACGCGCCGUGAGGUACUAAGUAGAAACUUGCUCAGCCUCCUUGAGUGACUAGUGUAAACAAGUACUUUGGAUCCACAAAGCCAUGGAGCGGAGCCUCCACGAGAGGGACCGGGUGGGUGUCCAAGACUGUGUCCUGCUGGAGAACUACAACAGUGAGGCAGCGUUCAUAGAGAACCUCAGGAAAAGGUUCAAGGAGAAUCUGAUAUAUACCUACAUCGGUCAAGUCCUAUUGUCCGUCAACCCGUACAAGAAUUUGCCUAUCUACACACCGGAGACUAUCAAGGCCUACCAGAAAGUGCAUCUGUUCGAAGCGCCACCUCACAUAUAUGCAUUGACUGAUGCCGCAUACAGAUCUCUAACUGAAGAGCGAAGGGAACAAUGUAUUCUUAUAUCUGGAGAAUCAGGUUCAGGCAAGACCGAGGCAUCCAAAAAGGUUCUCCAGUUCAUCGCCGAGGUGUCGCACCGAGGUCAGGCCGAGGUGGUGAAGGAUAAACUGCUGCAGAGCAACCCAGUGCUGGAGGCCUUCGGUAACGCCAAGACCAACCGCAACGACAACUCCAGCAGGUUCGGCAAAUAUAUGGACAUCUCUUUUAACUUCAGGGGAGACCCUGUAGGAGGAAAUAUCUUGAACUAUUUGUUGGAGAAGUCUCGAGUUGUUCAUCAAAGUGGAGGAGAGAGGAAUUUCCACAUCUUCUACCAACUGUUGGCUGGAGCCCCGGACCAACUACUGGAGUCCCUCCAACUGGAGAGGGACAUUAGCAAGUACAUCUAUCUCAGUCACCCGGAGGCCAGUACACCUGACCUGGAAGACAAAGCCCACUAUGAUGAAGUCAGAAAGGCAAUGACAACAAUAGAACUGAGUUCCACAGAGCAAGAGGAGAUCUUCCAAAUUGUCUCCAGUGUGUUACACCUUGGAAAUGUGGGAUUUGUGGAAGACGAAGGGAAAUCAAGACUGACUAACUCCAUGGCUGUUCAUACAGUUUCACAGUUACUAGGAUGCAGUGAGUUAGAUCUCGCCCAAGCGCUCACACACAGAACGAUAGACGCUAGAGGAGACGUGGUGACUACUCCUCUCAACAGGGAGAUGGCCGUGUACGCGAGAGACGCUCUAGCUAAGGCAGUCUACGAUCGGCUGUUCACUUGGCUCAUCAACCGUCUCAACACAUCUCUGCAACCCCAGGAGCAGCGAGGACAGCUGGUUGUUAUGGGGAUACUAGACAUUUACGGCUUUGAGAUCUUCCAGAAGAAUAGUUUUGAACAAUUCUGCAUCAACUAUUGCAAUGAAAAACUGCAACAGCUUUUCAUUGAACUGACACUGAAAUCCGAACAAGAGGAAUAUUUGAAAGAGGGUAUUGAGUGGGAGCCUGUAUCUUACUUCAACAAUAAAAUUAUCUGUGAUCUAAUCGACGAAAAACAUAAAGGUAUUAUUUCAAUUCUGGACGAGGAAUGUCUGAGGCCUGGAGAAACGAGUGAUGCAAGUUUUCUCAGCAAAAUGACAGAAAAGUUAAAACACCACAAACAUUUUGUCAGCCACCAGAUUGCAGAUAAAAAAGUCCAGAAAAUCAUGGGAAGAGAGGAAUUCAAACUAGCCCAUUAUGCUGGCGAAGUGACCUACUCCAUCAAUGGGUUUUUGGAGAAAAACAACGACCUUCUGUUUCGUGAUUUGAGGCUCGUCAUGUCCGAAACCAAGAACUCAAUCACUAAGACUGUCUUCCCUGUGUCACAACUAUCGUGCAAGAAACGACCCGAGACAGCUAUCACUCAGUUCAAGAACAGCCUCGGGCAGUUGAUGGUGAUUCUGUCGAGCAAAGAACCAUCGUACAUCCGCUGUAUCAAACCAAACGAGUUCAAAUCUGCAGGAGAAUUUGACGAAAAGAUAGUGUCGCACCAAGUCAAAUAUCUUGGACUGAUGGAAAAUCUGAGGGUGCGAAGAGCUGGUUUUGCUUACCGAAGGCGUUACGAGGAAUUUCUUGGAAGAUACAAGAGUUUGUGCCGUGAAACAUGGCCCAAAUACCAUGGAAGUGCGAGAAAUGGUGUGCAAGCGUUGGUCAAAGCACUGGGCUACAAACCUGACGACUACAGAAUGGGCAACACAAAGAUCUUCAUAAGAUACGCCAAGACGCUGUUUGAGACUGAGGAUGCGUUCCAAGUAAGGAAGCAACAAUUGGUGGCCAGGAUACAGGCCAGGUGGAGAGGGUUUGUGCAACGCAGAAAGUACAUGCGGCUAAGGGCUUCAGCGAUCACUGCGCAGUGCUGGGUACGCAGAUACCUGGCACAGAAACAGGCCGAGCGCAGAAGAUGGGCAGUCACAAUCGUCAGGAACUUCAUCAAGGGGUUCAUCACUCGUAAUGGGCCAGAGACCAACCUCAACUACAGGUUCAUACAGAUCGCUCGUAAGCAGUAUCUGCUCAGACUGUCCAAGUCUCUGCCACAGAGUCUGCUAGUUCACUCCUGGCCACCCUGCCCUAUCAUCUGUCAAGAUGCGUCCCAACAACUAAGAACCUUACAUCGGCUGUGGCUCUCCCGCAAAUACCGCCUGAGACUGACGCCUGAUAUGAAACUGCAGUUUGAAUGGAAGAUUCUUGCAGAGUCUCUCUUCAAAGGCAAGAAGAAGAGCUAUCCUGGGACAGUUGGUCCGAAAUUCGUGCAGGAUCGCCUCAUGACGGAAUCACAGAAAAUCAUGAGAUCGAACUUCCAGGGCAGCUUGCUUCAUGGAGAGAACCUGCUGUACUCCAGUCCAGUGCACAAGUUCGACCGUCACGGUUACAAGAAGCGAGACCGCAUCCUACUUCUGACCACCACCAACCUCUACCUGGUAGUGGAGGAGGGGAAACACUUCAAGAGCAAACACAAGCUCCCGCUGGAGUCCAUCGUCAAACUAGAGGUGACGUCGGAAACCGACAGGUUCAUCCUACUUAGGCUGAGCCCGGAGUUACAGAAGACUGACAAGGGGGACCUGAUUUUAGAGAUGCCCAACAUCAUAGAGUUUGUAACAUUCGUCAUAUCAGCCACCAACAAACAUGACCUGCUCAACAUCAACACCAUCGAGAACGGACAAAUCACACACAUGCUGUCGGAUGGCACACAGGGUCGCAUAGACCUGACUAAGGGACAGAACGGCCCAGCGAUCACUAAGAGCAAGAGCGGCCAUCUCAUCGUAGUGGGCUGAUCACAAAUACAAUUCAAACAACGAAAAAGAAAGUGCAAAACAGAAAUCUGCCGAAGAUUUGUGAAAACAUUCAUCGGAAUGAAGUGCUGAAUCAGAAUGAACUGUACAACAAAGUUUUUAAACCUAGAUAUAGGUAUAUAAGUUUUCAGGUCAACGAAUUUGCUAAUCAUUACAAAUAUGAUUUUUUUUUACAUCGAAGACAAUCUGUGCAAACAAAAAAACAUGCUUAAGAGUUGGGAUAACUUUUAUCUGAAGACAAAUGAUGAUUUUCAGAUCACAACUCUACAAGAAAUAUUUCAAACCUAGUUAAGUAUUUAAGUUUUCAUGUAACAAAUCUAGUAAUUAUCAUUGUUUAUCAUGAACGGAAAUUCACUGAAAUGAAGUCACCUUUUUAAGAUCACAAUCUACUACAAAGACAUAUUAAGCUGAAGUACCAUUUCAAUUUGCAACAAAUUUGUCAAGGUAAGAACAAUUUAUAAAACAACAUUGUUCAUAAAAAAAAAGAAAAAUACUGUAGGAUUAAAAUUGACAAUACAAUGUGCUAACUUUAGUACUUAAGGCUGGAGAAGCUUUCUUUGUCUGUAUUUUUAUAAACUAAUAUUUCAAAAACUUGAGACAAAUGUACGCGUUCCUCAAUUACUAUAACAAAAAUACAACAAUGAAGGAACGUAGUUUAAUUUUGUAGUUAAAUCAAUAAGCUAUAUUUUCCUAUUUACUGUAUUUUACAAUUUACUGAGAACAUGUUUAUAUCUUAGAAUAAUUUAUUGUAUCUUAUGUACAUAGGCAACUAAAAAUGUGAUAACAAUAAAUAUUAAA